GCACACGUCCACACACCCGACGAAAUGUGUUAUCUCUCUACUGUCGGACUAGGAGUGGUUGGUUUCUUUUAAUUAUUCAAGUCGUGCGUUGAGCCUUUAUUUAGGGUGGAUCUUCAAUUGAGGUACACGAACAAAAUGAGCUUGUGGUUUUGAAGGCGGCAUUUGGUUGAGGCGUCGCGAUGGCGAACGGACUUAAAACAACAUUAACACGGCUUUGUAGAUAUCUGCAAGAUCCGAACCAUGUGGCGAGUUUCCAACAGCUUUGUGGAGUGAAAGGAACGUUUCCCCCACAGAACACGACUGAGGACGAUUUAACGUCCAAUGGUGUCUGCGUGAAGCAGGGCCUACGUGAAGAGGAUGUUGGCCCCAAGCAAAGAAAUACAGCCUCAAAUAGAUGGCAACAGAAUGACUGUUCAAAGGGGUUGCCGAAUGGGGAGGCUGGAUCCGUAGCUGCGGAUGAACCAAACGCAGGUAGAGAUUUGGACAGAAGGAUAGAAACUGGCCAUAGAAUGGCUGUCCAGCCAUCUGAAUUAAGUAAUGACGAGAAGACGGGGGUUUCAAUGAAAAGGGCAAAACCUCUGCGUAAGAACUCUUUGACUGGCGAAGUAGGACAGGAGUUUAUUAUAAACAAUCAGUUUUUGUUCUAUCUUUUCACAUUUGGAACUGAGCUGGGCAACGAGAUGUUCUUCAUAGUUUUCUUUCCCUUUCUCAUGUGGAAUGUUGAUGCUUUUGUGAGCAGACAACUAAUAGUGGUAUGGAUUUGGAAUCUCUUCUUCGGUCAGUGCGCCAAAGACCUUAUCCGCUGGACGCGACCGACAUCGCCACCCGUAGUUAAGGUGGAGAUAUUUUACAAUUUGGAGUACAGCAUGCCAUCGACGCACGCUAUGUCGGGAACAGCCAUACCGUUCUGCCUCUUCUUACUCACUUAUGGACGCUGGCAGUACCCGUUCCUGAUUGGCUUAAGCGUGGCCAUUUGCUGGAGCAUCCUGGUCUGCAUAAGCAGAAUCUACAUGGGCAUGCACUCCAUUCUGGAGGUUAUCUCAGGCUUCCUCUUCAGUCUGUUGAUCCUGGCCUGCUUCAAACCAUUUUUGGCCCAGAUCGACAGCUUCUACCUGAUGAGCCCGUAUGCAUCGUUGGUCAUUGUUACCCUGCAUGUGAGCCUGGGUCUGCUGGCCUUCUCUCUGGAUUCCUGGAGCACCUCACGGGGCGACACCGCACAGGCCCUAGGCACUGGGGCUGGGGCUGCCUUAGCCUCCCACUUAAACUAUCAGCUGGGGCUGCUGGCUGACCCAGCCCUGUCGGCAUUACCACUAUACUUUCCAUCCCUCAGCACUGACCUACUGGUCCGCAUAGGACUGCGUCUCCUCAUCGGAGUAUCCUGCCUGCUCGCUGUUCGGGCGACCACCAAAGCAAUUACUGUUCCAUUGGUCUGCCGUGUGUUGAAGGUGCCUUGUGACAACGUUAGGGAGGCGCGACAGAACAUGAUGGUGGAGCUGCCGUAUCGCUAUGUUGUCUACGGCUCCAUUUCCUUCAGUUGUGUCUUUGUUGUGCCCCUUCUUUUCAGCUGCUUAAACAUUUCCUGAGAGCGUCUCUCCCUGAAUCAGUACAGAUCCUCCAUUAGGUUCAGGCUUGUUAUUGCCUCGUGCUGAGCAUAUUUGAGUUUUUUUGAAACGGGAAAUAUGGUUGGUAAUACUUCACAUUAGGAUGCCCUUAUUCCUAGGUAAUUGGACAGUAAGAUCAAGCAAAACUAUAUUAUUGACAGUACAUGUUUUGGGCAUUUAAAUACACAUAAUACUUGUUUCUACAGGUAUUACAAAGUAGUAGAAAUUGGAAAUAUAAUGUUCCAAAUAGUUAUAAAUUCACAUUUGAUGACCUGGCCAUAAUUUAUACCAAAUCAAAUAUGCAGCUUGCAUGAACUUCACGUAAACAUGGAUGUGCUUCUUACUGUAUAUUAUUGGGUCUGACUCAGACCUUUGUACUUUUUCAUACUAGAGGUGGAUUGAGAGAUGGAGAUGAACUGAAGGAAAUGGUCAAUCUUGCAUGGUGGCAGAUGUGAUUGGUAGUCGUACAGUGUAAAGUGCACUCAUACUUAAUAUCCAACUGUAAAUGUAAAAUGCAAAUGUAACUGUACUUUAUACAUUAAUUUUAUUUGGCAGUGUACUCAAAUGGUUAAAGACUGAUACACUGCUCCAGCUAUUCCACUAGCUAGACCUGUAAAUGUAUUGUAAACCCCUUGAUAUCAUGGUUGGAGGAUGCCUGUAAUGAAAAUAUGAUGUAUUGAAGUGAUAGUGAUCAGAUCCAGUUGAAGUGGGGGUACAUCAUUUAGACUUAUGCUCAGCAGGACUGAAGCAGCAAACCACAUGGGACUAACACCAGAUCAGGGGCGUUGUUAGACAUAAAGCUCUACUGGGGCACAGGCCCCCUAUUCAUAUCACUUUUUUUUCCAAGCUUGCUGCAGACAAUGCACUAUUAGGCUAUAGAAACUCAAUUUGCUUAACCCACUAUACAACAGAUACAUAUACUUCUGUGUGUGGGCUGCAGUGGCUAUUUGGCAAGCUCAGAAGAGUACGCUGACAUGGAACUCGAACGGACAUUGAUUUGUGUUUUCGGUUAAACUGCUUUGAUUUUACAAGCGUUGAUUGGGAUACUGCGUUUAUUUUUCCCGGAUUAUCAAUCUAAAUGAAUGCACUGACUAAUAAAGUAAAUUGUUAAAACUCAAACUUUAGAUUUUACAGGGGCACAGCAGAUUUAUACUGGGGCACAGCAGAUUUAUACUGGGGCACGCGCCCCAGUAAAAACAGUCUAAUGACGCCCCCUGCACCAGAUGCAAUUAAAAGGAUUUAUUUGGCUCCUCAAAUUGCUUACCUAAUUAUUAGCAAGUGUCAAAAUCAACAAAGAGACCAUAAUGUAGAAUGGACCACAUAUGAUUUGCACUGUACAUGUCGCUUCCAUCCUUAGACCAUGAUUCUUGUUACACACAUAAAAUAAUAUAAUAUAACUUUGAUAAAUUCAAAAACGAUGUUGACUGCUAUCAUUUUGAAAUUGUUUCCUAUUCACAUUAUCAAUCUCAGCAAAUAAAUGUCAGUAAUAUAAAAAAUAGAUAAUUGGUCAGUGUAACAUUUUUCAUAUUGUUUUUAUAUAUAUUUUGGAGUUUCAUGAAGUCCUGUCUUUGACAGUGGAGGUGGCUCUUUUUGAUGGAGGUGUUGCUUUAGAAAGGUAUAAUCACUUUAUACUUAAUUGUGUUCGUUUUUUCAAUUCUGAAGUCAUCCUUCAGAAAUCACCCACAGCUUGUUUCUCCUAUUUCCUUUCCACACAUUCUCUGAAGGGGCUAUGGUGUCAGAUUGCCAGUGUGAAGGGAAAAGAAGGGUGUGAAGCCAAUUUAGUUCAUGAAACAAUUGUAAAAAAGCUGAAACUUGUCAUAACUGUUUGCACAUUUUCAAAGACGUAACAUUUAUUUCUACUGUGGUGUUAAAAAGCUAGCCACUCACAGCUCCUUUUGCUCAGUUGGAGUGAUAUCCUUACAGGGUAUCUCAAGCUUAGUCUCUAGUUCUACUGGGAGCUUCAAGUGGAGAAGUGGAGCCUCCAGUGGUGUCUUUUGAUCUUUUUCCUGUGCUGUUGUGAUUGAUUACUGUGAUUGAAUACUGUCAUUGUUUUAAACCGACGUUAUCAUUGUUGCCCUUCUCUUUUACUCUAAAUGUUUUGAGGAAAUAAAUUAAAUCAUAAAUCUUCUGUACUCUUUUACAUUAUUGUAUUAGCAUAAAUUGGGGUUUAUUAAUACCAUCCAUAUGUUCAUAAGUUCAUAUGUCAUAUAUAUCCAUAUGUCCAAUAUCCAUACCAUCCAUUUGUUAAUUAGACAUGCCAAAAAGGCAUGGCACAGAAUCUGCAUUAAAUAUAAGAAUAUUUAGGUUCUGACUAAAAACUACCUAAAAGCUGCACUAUUUCAACAUUUUGCACAGAACUGUUUCCACAUAAGACUACUGACUGGAUAUACACAUUUUCUUUAAAAAAAGAUUCUCUCUAUUCACACUUACACAAUUGCUACAAUACUAAGGUACAGUAGUCCACCAAAAAGAAGCUCCUAUAGGGCUUUAAGGGAUCUGGAAGAUUCUAGCAACCCCCACACUGAAACAAUUCCAGUGUGAAAUGGCAUCAAAACAUCCAUUAACCUCCCCAAUAAUGAUCAAAAACUGGCAUAAUGUUUAAUAUAUUGGCAUAUCUCUUCAAGUUUAUAAAUGAAGACGCUGAAAAGGCAAAAACACUGAAAAAGGUAUUUAUAUUACCAAUGUUGAUUCAUUUGUGUUUUUAUUGUUAAAAUUGUCUCAAUACUUGUCUCAUUGUUUCCCCUGUACAUUGAUUUGAUGCAAAAUAAGUCAUAAGCAUAGGCAGUUUGGUUUCAAGGCGAUGACUAGUAUAGGAGGACACAAUUGCAUGAAAUUUAUGAACAUUAAUUUGACAGCAUUGGUUCAUUUAUUUUAUUAACUGAACAUGUAAUAAUCAUCUGUCCAAAUGGAUAUUUUUACAACUUCUGAUCUGAGUUUGGACUUUACUGUUUAUUUAUCUAUAUACAAAGUUUGCAGCAAUAAUGUAAUGUUGACUGAAUAAACAGUUAUGGUAUCAAUAUAAACAAA